AUGGGUUUCAGAUUAAGUUUCAAUACUGGGUCACUAAUAUUGAUCUUGGUAUCACUCGUGUUUUUACUAUUGGCUACUAUAAGUUCACCAGUGGUUACCACUUUUAACCUAGGAAAAACAGCUAGUUAUACUUAUGGUGUUUUCGGAUACUGUACUGAUAGCAACAAAGAUUGUUCGUCAGCUACUUACCCAAUAACCCUUAGUUCAGUCGACGACAGUUCGUCUAAUUGGACAAUGAGUUCAUCAACAAGGGAUACUUUGGCUAAAAUUUUUAUUAUCACUCCUAUUGCUCUUGGAUUUAAUUUCAUUUUGCUAGUUUUGGUUGUUGCUUCUCAUUUUGGAAAGAGGGCUAUUGUUCUCAUCGCUCUUGGUGUUAACAUUAUAUCACUUAUUUUAACGAUUAUUAGCUGCAUUGUAACCAUAUUGGCAUUUUAUCCAAAUUUGGCUUGGACCGGAUGGAUAUUGAUUGGUUCAGCUGCUGCUAAUCUUAUUUCCCUCAUUUUGCUCAUCCUUACCUUGACAACUUUGAGAAAUGACGAUGACAAUUCCGAACAAGAAGAAGAUGAUGAUAAACAUGGAUUUGGAACUUACAACAACUAUAACAAGAUUGAUGAUAAAUUUAACCAUAUUCAGACAUCAACUUUCAAGAGUCCAAAUAGCGCCAGUUCGAUUGAUAAUGAUUACGAUUAUAAACCUUCAUACAGUAACAACACUGCAUCCUUUGGAACUCCUGCAAAUCAAGGUAAUAAUGGGUCAAAUACGCGCUACAAUGGACAUGCAGCUAUUGCUGCUGCAUCGGCUGCCUCGUUAGCCAAUUCAAAUGUUGGUGCCAAUGCACAACCGGGAGCACCAGCACAAAGAACUGGCACCGGUACUGGAUCAUUUACUAGCAAUUCAUCCUCGACGUAUCAAAUGAAUCCACAAACUGCUAAUGAUUUCACCCAGAUCAAUAACGCCAGCGGUGGCUCUUUAGUUGCUGGUGGCGGGUAUAAGCCCCCUACAGGAGGAGCGCCAUACCCAACCACGCCUGGAACUGCCAAUAAUAGCAGCAGCAAUGCUGCUUUUUCAAGAAGUGUAUUUGAGCACCAUCCACAAGUGGAUGGCCAUAGACCUUUUACAGAGAUGGAUGAUGAUUUCGACGACGAAGAGGAUUUAAAUGCAGGUAGAACUAAUGUUAUUGUAACCACCAAUGACUCUGACGAUGAUUCUGAUUUCACUAGUGUUUCUCAACGUCCACCUAACCCUCAGUAUAACAAUCAAUAUGGCCCUGUUCCACAGCAACGUCAACAACACCCACAACAGCAGUACCAAAGUAAUCAAUAUGCUAACCUGCAGCAAUAUCAACCACUAAGUCAGCAAAUGGGUCUCCAAUCAGCACCUCCACAGGGUCACUUGCACCCACUGUAUCAACCUAUCCCCAACCAAUACGCACAACCACCGCCGCCACAACAACAGCAACAGCCUUACAGACCGAUGAACUACGCUCCACCACAGCCCCAACCACAACAGCUGGGCUAUUCCAGACCAACUAUAUCCGAUAGCGUCUUGAGCAACAAUCCUGAUUUCAAUUUUGCUAGAGGUGCGCCACAACAAAAGAGAAAAGUUGCUCCUGGAUUUGUACCUGUUGCCGCUAGAUAUGGAAAUAACAAUAGAGGUGGCGCUACUGCUAAUAAUGCAAGUGCAUUGAUGGGAAGAAGCGGCGCUGGUUCUACUACUACUCAAGCUAAAAGUGGACCAUACGGCGUGACUAGGUAA